AUGAGCGAGAGCAGUGAGUCCGUCAAAAGUGCCGAGUCACAAAGGAGCGGCCAUGUUACCGUACGUCGUGCACGUAAGACACGUAUGCCCAUGGAUGUCGGCGCGCAAGAUGGUUCCUCACCUAAAUGCAAUCUUAAGGUGCCUCCCUUCUCACCGGAAGAUCCAGAACUUUGGUUCGCUCUGCUGGAAGGCAUAUUCGAGAGCUUUAAUAUCGUGGACGACCGAUCUAAGUUUUCUACAGUCAUAACGAGCUUAGACAUACCUUAUGCAAAAAGCGUAAAGGAUAUCAUAAUAAACCCCCCGGCGAAGAACCGUUACGGCAAAAUAAAGAUGGAGCUGAUUAGAAGAUUGUCCGCUUCUCAUGAGAAAAAAGUAAAACAAUUACUUACUCAUGAAGAACUCGGAGACAGGAAGCCGUCUCAAUUUUUGAGGCAUUUACAAGACCUGGCCGGCCCAUCUGUUCCGGAUGAUUUUGUGAAGUCCAUAUGGAGCAACCGCUUACCACCCAAUAUCCAAACUGUGUUGGCUUCGCAACCAACGCACUGGAGCAGCUGGCAGACUUAG